GCAAAAAUAUUUCCAUUGGUAUUUCGAAACAAAAUAGACUUGAAUAACUUAAUUGUAGCGAAACAUAAGAUAAGUAGAGGAGAGUCGGCAAGUCUGCAGCUGGGGUCCUGCGCUCGGACUUAACACAAAUGAUCAGGUAUUCCGCGAUGUGCGACCUUAUGCCCGCAGCGGCGCGCUCUUCCCACAAAGCGGGCAAAAUGACACAGUUGCGCAGGACUCUGUCGGAGAGUUUCCGUCGGGUCGCUCCCAAAAGGGACGACUUUGGAUUUGAUGAGAUAUGUGUCACAAAGAUGUCCACAAGAAAUUGCCAGGGAAUGGACUCCGUCAUCAAGCCCCUGGAUACCAUUCCUGAGGACAAGAAGGUGCGAGUGCAGCGGACGCAGAGCGGAUUUGACCCCUUCGAGAAGCCCGCCAGCCAGGUCAAGAGGGUCCACUCGGAAAAUAAUGCCUGCAUCAAUUUUAAGGGCUCCUCGGCCGGGAAGGAGUCCCCCAAGGUGCGGCGCCACUCCAGCCCUAGCUCGCCAACAAGCCCUAAAUUUGGAAAGGCAGACUCCUAUGAAAAGCUCGAAAAGUUGGGAGAGGGCUCCUAUGCCACAGUUUAUAAAGGAAAGAGCAAGGUGAAUGGCAAGUUGGUUGCACUGAAGGUGAUUCGACUUCAAGAGGAGGAGGGAACUCCAUUCACAGCCAUAAGGGAAGCAUCCCUCUUGAAAGGCCUGAAACAUACCAACAUAGUGUUGCUCCAUGACAUCAUCCACACCAAGGAAACCCUGACGCUGGUCUUUGAGUAUGUUCACACAGACCUGUGCCAGUACAUGGAGAAACACCCUGGAGGUUUGCACCCAGACAAUGUGAAGCUCUUCCUGUUCCAGUUGCUGCGAGGGCUGUCCUACAUCCACCAGCGCUACAUCCUGCACCGCGACCUCAAGCCCCAGAACCUGCUCAUCGGUGACACUGGCGAGCUGAAGCUGGCGGACUUUGGGCUGGCCAGGGCGAAGUCAGUCCCUAGUCACACAUACUCCAAUGAGGUGGUCACGCUGUGGUACAGACCCCCAGAUGUCCUGCUGGGCUCCACGGACUACUCCACCUGCCUGGACAUGUGGGGUGUGGGAUGCAUUUUCAUCGAAAUGAUCCAGGGCGUUGCUGCAUUUCCUGGGAUGAAGGAUAUUCAGGACCAGCUCGAGCGGAUAUUUCUGGUUCUGGGUACCCCAUCUGAAGAGAGUUGGCCUGGGGUCCAUUCCUUGCCACACUUCAAACCAGAUCGCUUUACUGUGUACAGCCCUAAGAAACUAAGGCAAGCAUGGAAUAAGUUGGGCCAUGUAGACCACGCUGAGGAUCUGGCCUCCAGGUUCCUCCAGUGCUUCCCCAAGAAUCGUCUGUCCGCCCAGGCGGCUCUGAGCCACCAGUACUUCAGCAGCCUGCCCCCGCGGCUCUGGGACCUGCCAGACAUGUCUUCGAUUUUCACGGUGCCCGGUGUGCGACUGCAGCCCGAGGCUGGGGGCAGCGCUCUCGCCUGUGGAAGGACCGGCAGCCAGGGAAAAGGGAGCUCCGGCGGCAGGCAGUGACUCCUGCACCGGAGAAGGACCGCGAAGGUCGCUGGUGUCAGCAGCACGAAGGGGAAUCCGUUGAGAGGUGGUGAAGUGCUGAAACCAACCGAGUGCCCUUGUUUCUUGUUCUUUUUUCCUUCCAAAGGACUUUGUAUGUGGCAUGACUCCCCCCCCCCAUCCCCUGCCGAGCAAACACACGUGGGUUCGGUGGUGUGUGCAGUCCAGUGCAAGCACGUGAGUGGUACCACCUCACCCUUCAGUGAGCUGCCUGUAAUAUUUAUUCUUUUACUAGGAAUGCACUGCUCUAUGGCUUUCAUAAAAUCACACCAUGUAUGAGUAUCCUAACAGUUUAAUCCUUUAAGGGCUGUGGUAAUACCCUAAAACGCUUUCAGUAAUACUUCAGAUAAAACCAACAUGUAUAAGAUGUGUAUAACGGUUUGUAAGCCAUUUUGCUCUUCUAUUUAGGUGAGGACAUAGUCAAUUUGGAAUGGUUUUAGAUUAGGUCGCUGUAUGGAAUGAUCAAGGCAAUAACUGUUCAUUUCAAAUGGACUGUUUGUCCAGGUAAAUCAGUUAAGCAGUUCUUCCCGAGAAUGUUAUAAAGCAAUGAAUAUCACAUACAAAACAUAAUGGUCAAGACCAGAUUUACGGUAUGCAACAUCUUUGAUAAAGUUUGUACUGUAAGCUUAUUCUGUCUUUAUAAGCAUAACUGUUAACUUUAUAUUGGCAAUACAGAUGCACUGAUGGUACUGUGUGUUCAAUACCCAGAUCCAUUUGAAGAUUUUGGUCUUAUUUGUACAUUUAUCUCCUCCUAGACUGUGAAUGCAUCUGUCCUGCAGUUCUUAUGCUCCAAUACUAACAAUAUUUAUUUUCACACAAAUAUUUCUAGUGAUUGUUCUGCAACCCAGUUUUCCAAUAUAGUACUGGAGUGGAAUGGGCAUGGCAAUUAGAAUAUUGUGCAACAUUCAAAACAUGUGAAUUUCUUUGUUAUUAAGACAUGCAUAAAGGAAUAUACAGAUACAUAUAUCUUUUUUGCACUUUUACAUCCCAAGACCAUGUGCUCUGACUGCCAACAAAAUACAUCAAUAAAUCCAUUAAAAAUAGUUUUACCACGACACAUUUUGAAAGCGCUAGGUCACAAUUUUUUUGGUGUGAAAAGCUAUUUUAUUUCUGUUAUUUCAGUAAAGCUUUAGUACUACUCUUCGAUGAUGUAAUAAAAUAGAGAAAAAUGUUAAUAUAAGAUCAGACUAGUUUUUCUUCUAAUGAAUGCACUUUUAAUUCUUAAAC